AUGCCGGCCCUUCUGUCUAACUUCCCUUUUCUUUCUCUAUUACUCUUUGUCUACGAGACAAUUCUAACACUUCUUACUCCCCAUUCCUUGGUGCUGUUGUCGUCUUCCGGCCAAACAUUGUCUCGUCCUCUUCCAGACGAACGUUCCGAUUGCAUCAAUGCCACCCAUUUGCGCUUCCCGUCACUCGACAAUUUUAUAUACUGUCUUUUUCUUCUUCCCCAUAAUUCUUAUCCAUUUUUUUCUUUUUCUUUUCAUUCCAUAUUUUCCCUUUCUUUUCUUUCUUUUUCUUCUUUUUCUUUUCUUUCCUUAUCUUCCCAUUCUUUUCUUAUCUUUUUUCUUUCUUUAUCCUCCCUUUCUUUCCUUUCCUUAUCUUCAUUUUUCAUCGCUUUUUUCUUUCUCUUUUGCACCUUUUCUACAUAUAAACUUCAAAUUUUUAUUCUUACUUUGAAACAUUUUCUCAUUCUUUGUCUUUUAUUCUUUUCCUUGUUCUUUUCUUUCUCCUCGUCUUUUAAACAUUAUUCCUUUCUUCUAGCCUUCUUCUUGACUUAUCCUUCACAAACUUCUUUUCUUUCUCUUUCUCUUCAUUUUCUUUCAGUUUUUCCCUUUUCCUUUCCUCCUGGAUUGACUCUUUCUUCUUUUACUUUUUUUUUUCUCUUUCCGUCUCGUUCUUCUCCUUCUCAUCAAUUUCCAUCGUUUUCACUGUCCUUUUCUUUUUCGCCUUCCUAA